CCGACCCAGGACGAGAACUCUACAACCAUUACCACCACCACCUCACACAACGCCUCUCGUCCGCUCCCGCUACAGUUUAUAAUCUUCCCUGGCGGCUAUUGUCAACAGAUGAGGACCAAUACUUUCCUCAGGAUCAUCUGUUAGAGCCUCUGGAGUUGCCAACAGCAGAAGGAAUACGGUCUCACUAUGCCAUGGGGUGCUCCUGGCUGCUGCCCCGCGCUGUCUCCCUCCUGGUGACCCUCACAUCUCUGCCUGACCCUGCCACGUCUGUACCUGCCCCUGCCACGCCUGUACCUGCUCCUGCCCCGCCUGUAUCUGCCCCUGUCACGCCCGUCACAGCCCCUACCACCCAGGUCUCUCCCUCACCAACUCCCAUUUUCAGUCCGUCCUCUCACGAUAACCGGGUCUCCACUCCUGCUGGGGAUGAUGAGGGCGUGGUGGAAGGGCGUGGGUGGAUGGAGAUGAGGUCCUAUAACAGUUUCCGAGGGUUGAAUCUGCCUCCUGUGUAUCCGAUGUUGGACGCCACCCUCGGGAUCCUCUCCUAUGCUGCCUUCGCCGUCUACAUUAUCAUGCUCUUCGGGGGGUUCCUCAGCCGACAGAACGACGGCCUGGGGAGCAUGGUGGCUGCCUUGAAGAGGCAGGGGGCGACGCUGCAGGAGAAUGAUGCUGGUCAGGCUACCUUCAGUCCAGAGGUACUGCAGCUGCUGCUGAGGGCCAGCGUCACAGGCAACACUCGUGACGACCUCGACCGUCCCCAGUCCUCCUCGCUAGUUGGCUCCAACAACCUGCAGGCCCUCAGCGACCUCCUGGCCAAGAUGAAUCGUGUGGAUGACUCGGCUCGUCUCGCUCAGGAGGACCUAACGCAGCACGACAGCCUGGCCAAGUACAAACUCCUCGCCAGGGACAAACUCACUGAUCGCCUUGGCGGGUUUGGGUCGAAUAUUGAAAGGACGAACACCAGACCUGACGCCAUACAUCAACCUGCUGUUGUGAGACAGAACUCACAGAGGACACCUUCCUCUGAUGUCCUCAGUACCAUUAGACAGGCUGGACCGUCAGACACCUUGGGCGCAAAUAUCAAUGUAUACAAAGAAGCUGCUACACGUCUUAUAGCUGGUGGUUACAUCUCGCGAGGAACCACUCCAGCGGCAGUGUCAAACGAUAUUGAGAACGGAGGAAGCAGCUUGGGAUUGAAUGAAACACCACCUCCUGCGUCAAAGGUUGCGUGGCCAGGCGUGACCACCACUCGGCGUCCUAUUGCCCAAAUUCCAGGAGAGUACCCCACCACAUAUUACCCGCCCUGGGCUGGGGUAUCACAGCGGCCCCUCACGACACCACCUCAGUUUGUGAGGACGUCGUCACCUUCUGUGAUUCGGGGACAGUCUCACAUGUCUUACGACGUGGUACAAGCUCCUGGUGAUAAAAUACAGACAAACUUUCCAACUGAUCGACGACACUAUUCUAAACUUCCCCUAUACUAUCCCGCGCAGGGCUACUCGAGCCUGGGUACACUCCCAUCAGUUGCGUCUCCUCCAUCGCCGGAUAUCAGAGAGUCACUCAGACCAAACUACUCCAUCCUGCCUUUGACCUUGAGUGUGAAAUCUCCGCAAACCCUAAACAAAGCUGAGAACGGACCUUACCUCCCCCAUUUCAGCGCCGUCAACACACAACUCAAAGAAACUGUUAAAUAUUCAACUCCAGAUUCGCCAACCUCUCCAGCCUCGUUCCCACUCAGCAGAUACACAGAGCUGUCACUCAAUGUUGGGAAUCCGGGCCCCUCGACAUCACUUGGUGCGGGAUACACACACAAUGUUGGCAAGGUUUCUGGACAUGCGGCGUCAGAUGGCAGUGUCGAAACUAAUGUUGGCCAACACCUGAGCUUUGCAGGAGGGCUGGAGGUCUUACCGUUGCGGCCGCCGACGAGGUACAGACACGUCGACGGUAACCAUAGCUCUCACACCACCGAAGGAAACGCCACCGACCCAAGAAGCUUCUCCAGCAACAGUAUAAGUAACAUCGACUCAGAACUCAGUACAGCAUCUUCCAUCACUUUCACUACAUGGUCUUACGUCACAGAAAACUCUAGUUCAUUUAAUGUAAAUAAAACAAUGCAAGAUUCACCACUUCUCGUCACCAGCAGCGCCAUAAACACAAAGGUGAUGAAAUCUGGAACCAAUGCCGCCUCAAAGACUAACCUCCACCCUCACGCCACUGGAGGCCCGGCUAUUCCCGCUAACACUGACACUCUACCCAAGAACAACAUCGAGAAUUUAAAAAACACCAACAAGAUACCAGAAAAAUUAGCCACCAGUACACGUUCUUCCACUACCACCACCACCAACGCCCUCUACAAUCUUCAGACUCCUGCAGGAUCCCCAGUAGGAAGUGAGGAUGGGAUAGUGGCUACAGGAAGGGAAGCCAAGGAUGACGACACAGGCUGGUGGUACACAAUGUUCAACCGUUCAUAUGUCACCUAGAAAACAAAUGAACUACAAACACGCAUUCUUGUGGAUAUAUUGAACGAAAUUUAUCUUGUUCGUUGUUCACAGUACCACCUAUGGGCUCCAGAAUAGUCACGAGAGGAGGAAGAUAAAGUAAAUAAAACGUUUAUAUAAAAAGACUCAUUGUCACAUCCUUGUAAAUAAUGACGUAGUGUAUUGCUGGUCCAGUAGCUCCCAGAAACCUCCACAAGUAUCUUGAAGUAACACCAUUUAACCUUAUUUGUUACUUAUUGAAUGAAAGAAAGAAUGUAAGAUUAUGCAUUUAUUUAUGAUAUGUAUGUAUGAAUGACUAUGUAUGAAUAAGUUUACAGUAUCACUCAGUAAAAUA